CUUAGACCUGAGACCUGCGACUAUAUGCCGGAUUUUUCACUGACUGUCUUCUUGUUUUGUUUAUGGAGGGUAAUUGCAAAUCCCGGUGAAUGUGCUGCGGCAUGGGUGCAUAGGCUCCAAGAUACCGAUUAAUAUUAAUGAACUACCUAUACUAACUAAUAAUAAGUAAUUCAUAAAGGUAGCAAAGUAUUGGAGAUAUGCAUAUUCUCAAACUCCCAUGGUUUGGACAUCGAACGGAUAAUAAAACUAUUGAAUGUUACUCAAUAAGUAUUAGUCAGGAUGGGACUAGAUUGGCAUCUGGAGGUUUAGAUGGCAAUGUCAAGAUAUGGGAUGUUUCUACUAUUAUGAAAUUCAAACAAUUAACUACCGAAGUGCCUCCUAAGGAUAAGCAAAUAGAUCAAAAUGAAAAAUCUAUAAACGGUAUAGAUAAUACUAAUAAUACUACUAAUAAUGAUAAUCUACCACCUAAAUCCCUUCGAAGACCAUUAUGUUCAAUGAGUCGUCAUAAUGGAGUGGUGACAUCAGUCAAAUUUUCACCCGAUGGCAAAUAUUUAGCAUCAGGAUCAGAUGAUAAGAUUUGUCUUAUUUGGGAGAAGGAUGAGAAUCAGAAUAAACAACCUCAAUUUGGAGAAACAGAAGCGGAUUUAGAACAUUGGACGGUGAAAAAGAGAUUGGUGGCUCAUGAUAAUGAUAUUCAAGAUAUUUGUUGGUCUCCUGAUAGUUCAUUAUUGGUUACGGUAGGAUUAGAUAGAUCAAUUAUUAUAUGGAAUGCAUUCACAUUUGAACGUAUAAAACGAUAUGAUAUUCAUCAAUCUAUGGUUAAAGGUAUAGUAUUUGAUCCAGCUAAUAAAUUCUUUGCUACUGCAUCAGAUGAUAGAACGGUUAGAAUAUUUCGAUAUUAUAAAAAGAUUAAUGAAUAUAAUAAUUAUGAUUUUCAAAUGGAACAUAUAGUAAUGGAUCCAUUUAAAAAAUCUCCUUUAACAUCAUAUUUUCGAAGAAUGAGUUGGUCACCUGAUGGUCAACAUAUUGCUGUACCAAAUGGUACUAAUGGUCCAGUUCCAUCAGUCGUAAUUAUAAGUAGAGGUACUUGGGCAACUGAUGUUUCAUUAAUUGGUCAUGAAGCUCCUUGUGAAGUAUGUUCAUUUUCUCCACGAUUAUUUGAUUUAGGUAAUGAUGAUAAUUCAUUAUCAAAUAAACGGAAAAAGGAUGAUAAUAAGACUUUUUCAACAAUUCUUGCCACUGGUGGUCAAGAUAGAACUCUUGCAAUUUGGUCAACUUCAAAUACAAAACCAUUAGUUGUUCUUGAAGAUAUAGUAGAGAAAACUAUAACUGAUAUAUGUUGGACUCCUCAAGGUGAAACUUUAUUUUUAAGUUGUUUAGAUGGUUCAAUUACUGUAGUAUCAUUUGAUUCUUUAGAAUUAGGUGGUAAAGUGGUUAGUGAAGAUUUAGUAGAUGCUCAAUUAACAAGGUAUGGUGCUGAUAGAGAAUCUAAUAUCUUUCCUGAAAGUAUUGAACAAUUAAAAUUAGAAGAUAUAUCUUCUGAAAUUGAUAGAAAGGGUUCAAAAGCAUUUAUCCAACCAGUAAAAUUAGAAGUUAAACUGGAAAAGGAACCCAUAAUUAAAUCUCCUCCUACUAUUUCUCAAAUUAAUUCACCUCCAAGUAUUGAUGGUCCACCACCUUCAAUAGUUAGUUUAAGUCCUAAAAAGUCUACUAAACUCGUUCAAAAUAUAACCAUAACUAAAAAUGGUAAAAAGAGAGUGGCUCCAUUAUUGGUAUCAACAUCUAAUGCUUCAAAAUCAUCACCUCAAAAAGUAUCAUCAUUAUUCUCUAGUGUUAAAAAGAUUCAAAUAAGUUCUAAAAUAUCUCAAUCAUCUUACUUUUUACCAAGAUUAGGAGUUCAAACUUCAGUUCAUGGCUAUAAAUCUCGAGAGAAUUCGGGAUCUGUUAGUAAUGUUGGAGCUCAAGAAAAUGGGUUAAAUUCUAAUGCCAAUGAUUUAAAUGAUAAUGAUAAUGAAGAUAUUGGAGGAUUUGAUGAAAAUAGUACAGUUCAAAAUGGUAAUGCUAAUGGAAGUAUUUCUGAAGCAAGUUUAAAAAGACAAUAUAAUAGACUUAAAAGAAAAAUUAUGGAUGAUAAAUAUCCUAAUACUUUUAAAUCUAUAUCCAAUUUACCUCCUAUGGUAUUUAAUAAUAAUGUUCGUGAAUUAAACAAUGAAUUAAAUGCAUUGUAUAGUAAGAUUGUUUUACAAAAGGAUCAAAAUGGUGGUAUUCAAAGUGAAAUAUCAUCUAAUUCACAAUUAGAAUAUGAUGAAGAUGUUUUAUUCUCAGUCAUUGUCAAAAGUAUUAAUCAUAUUCAUAAAUCUAAUGAAUUAUUAGAUGAUGAUAUAGAAUCACAAGCUCAAGAUCAAGAUCAAGAUUCAAUAAAGAAUAUAAGAACUAUAAUUGAAGUUAGAAAUGGUCAACCUUGGAAGAUGGAACUAGAAGAAGAACUUGAUAAGACUAAAGAAAGUGAUAAUGAUUUUGAUGAUCCAACUCGUCUUAUUGUAUCAAAUGAUUUAUCACCUACUAAAAGACUUUAUAGUUUAUUCUUUCCUUAUAGAAUUCAACAUGUUUUACCAAUGGUAAUUGAUGAAGUAUUACAGUUUAUUGUGGUUGCAUCAUUUCAUGGAACCAUUCAAAUUAUUAAAGCUUCAACUGGUCAAUUUGUUUGCCCAUCCUUUGAAUUGGGAUUCAAUGUGAUUGCAUUAAGAAGUGUCAAUAAUUAUCUUAUGAUGUUGACUAGUAAAGGGUUAAUAUAUAGUUGGCAAUUAAAUGAUGAACAAGCAGGGAUUAAACGUAUAUUAUCAGGCAUAUCUCUAGCGGCUGUUCUUAAUCAUAAUAUUGAGAUCUCCUUACCUGAACAUUAUGAUCAUAAUCGUCCCCUUAAUAUUGCAUUACAAUCAGUUCGAUAUUUUGAAGUCUCUUCUAAAGAUGGAACUCCAUUGAUAGUUCUUAAUGGACAAACCAAUCGAACUUAUGAUAUAUUCAAAUACUCAUUGGAUUUAAUGACUUGGGUUAAAGUGAUUGAUUCAUAUUAUUAUUUGGCUUACAAUGAUGAAGAAAUUCAGCAGCUUCAAAGGAUGGAUGGAAGUACCAUUGAUAGCUUAAUUCAUCGAACUUUUAAUGAUUUUCAAAACGAUGUUAAGCGUAGAAAGAUCAACUCGUAUGCCUUUGAAGACAAGCAACCGCUUACUCAGUUGAAAGAGAUUAUGGUCUCUCGUUAUAAUGAAUUGUUAGAUUUAAUUUAGCUUUAGAGAUAACGUGUUGCAUUGCAUUGUAUUAUAUUUAAUUAAUAACUUACA